CCAUGAAAAUAAGCACCUGACAAAAGGAACCUGAGCACUUCCUCCUCUCUGCUACUCCUAAAGCAAUGAGGACUCCAUGAAUUUGGAUUUCACUGUAUGUUGAUGACAGAUGCUACUUCAGCGGACCGCCAUUGACGACCGUGACCGAGUCCGCUAUUCUAUAUCUGUGACCGCCAGUUUAAAGCGACUGGAGCUCCAGUGGUUGCUUUUGUUGUAGCGGCAGGGCUGAGCCACGUCAGCUCUUGGAUGCAGCCGGAACCAACCGAUCAAGGAUUUACCUUGACAAGGUUUCCGGACAGCCUUCCGCUACGACUACCACAGGUCGCUGACAGUUUAGCGGACAAUUCAGCUGACAAGUCAACUCGCAACGGAGAGACCCUUCCUGAUCAACGCCUAAUCCUUCCGAAGGCCGAGGGAACCUGUUGAGUGGCUGGUACUGCUGCGUCCGACCGAGCCGGCGCUUCUGCCACGUGUCCAACAGCUACGGAGGGACCCCCCCGCUCAACGGCUAGUACUGCUGCGUCUGAUGGAACCGGCGCUUCUGCCACGUGUCCAACCGCUGCUCGAGAGAGACGAGGAUCAUGAUCGAAAAAGCAACAGGCAUAGCCUCUUCGGGCUCCUACUGACAGUGCUUGCACUGGGUCUAUGCGUCCUGACCGGCCUUGCUCUCCAAAACGGCUGGUCUCCCAGCUCUCUCCGCCUCGUUGACGAAAUCCUCACCGAAUCCAAGCCUCUCUGGCAGGCUCGGCUUGUGGCCAGCUGGCAGGCUCGGGAGGGAGGUUCAGCGGUAAAAGGUUCGGCAGAAGCAGCGCCAGCAGCAGCAGCAGUGGUGGAGGCAGAGCAUGCAGCAGUUGCUUCGGAAGACCCCAGAUGUUCCGAGAUUGGGAAACUGAUUCUCAAAUCUGGCGGGAAUGCGGUGGAUUCAGCCAUCGCUACAGUGUUCUGCAUGGGCGUGGUCAACCCUAUGGCCAGCGGCAUUGGGGGGGGUGCUUUUAUUCUCAUCCGCUCCCCAAACGGCUCUGCUGAGUUUAUCGACUGCAGGGAGACUGCUCCUGCUGCUGCUCACCAGGACAUGUUUGAGGGACAUGAGGAAGAUAUUUUCCGUGGAGGUCUUUCAGUGGGGGUACCUGGGGAGAUUCCAGGACUUCACCUGGCAUGGCAGCGGCAUGGCAGGCUGACGUGGCGCGACCUCGUGACGCCAGCUGCCGACAUGGCUAAGGGCUUCCACGUGGCAGCUUACCUGGCAAAUUCUAUAGCUGCCAGCAACGCGACUAUUCUCGCAGACCCUGGUCUAAAAGCGAUUUUCGCCCCACGAGGGCAGCUACUGAGAAAAGGAGACACCUGCUACCGGCCAGCCUUAGCAGCCACUCUUAAAGCCGUAGCAGAAGGGGGUCCAGAUGCGUUGUACCGAGGGGAGAGGGCGAAGGGGCUUGUAGAGGAAGUGCGGGCGAUGGGGGGGGUGGUGAGUGAGGAGGACUUGCAGGGGUUCAGGGCGGAAGUGAGGGAGGUGCUUCUGGGGCAGGCGUUUGGGCUGGAGUUCGUCAUGGCUCCCCCGCCGUCGUCAGGGGGGGCGGUGAUUCUCCAGGUGCUGAAGAUUCUCCAGGGGUUUGACCUCCCUCUGGCGUCAGCGGGCCCCCUGGGAGUGCACAGAGUGGUGGAGAGCCUAAAGCAUGCCUUCGCCGUGCGCAUGCACCUGGGUGAUCCUGCCUUCGUUAAUGUCACGGACGUCAUUCAAGAUAUGCUGUCAGAUGAGUUUGCCGCCCAGCUACGAUCCGCCAUCCAUGACAACAUCACAUUCCCGCCCGAGCACUAUGGGCACCCCGAGGACGAGGCAGAAGAGGACAAAAAGCGCCAACCGCACCGCCACCAGCUAUACGCACAACUGGACGAUCAUGGCACGUCGCACACAUGUGUGGUGGAUGAGGAGAGGAGGGCAGUCUCUAUCACAUCUACAGUAAACGGCCCGUGGGGGGCGGGCAGGAUGGCUGUAAAAUCCGGGAUAGUGCUGAACAACGAAAUGGCGGAUUUUUCGCUGCCCGACCGGCCGGGCAGGAGCCGGAAGCCGUUUGAGCCGCCGCCCGCCCCAGCGAAUUUUAUCCGGGCAGGAAAAAGGCCGCUGUCGUCAAUGUCUCCGACCAUUGUGCUGCAGGACGGGAAACUGAGGGCUGUGAUUGGUGGAGCUGGAGGAACAGUGAUUAUCUCAUCUGUUCUGCAAGUGAUUCUGCACUACUUUUGCCAGGGUUAUUCACCCUUCAAGGCAGUCGAUGCCCCUCGCAUCCACCACCAGCUGCUCCCCAACAUGCUGUUUUAUGAGGCAGCUCACGCCCUCGAUGACGGCGAGCGCAUCUCGGUGGACAAUGAGACCCUGGCAGCGAUGACCCGCCGCAACCACUCUACCUUUCCCAUGCCCUUUGGGGGGUUCGUCCAGCUCAUAGUGCAAGACCUGGAAGCCCCUGCUAUCAACCAAGACCUAGAAGCCCCUGCCCUGGUGCAAGGCUUGGAGUUGGGUGCAACGGUGCCAAGAAAGCUUGCUGGGCAAUGGGCUGUUACAAAUCCCGCCAUGGAGAUGCCUGGCUUGGGUGUUCUGCCUGCUGGUGGUGCUUCUUCUUCUGCUGCUGCUGCUGCUGCUGCUGCUUCUAAUACUGCUGAUGCUGCUCACGCACUCCUUGCAGGGCCAGGAGGGGGCAGGAGCCCACUGGUGGACCCUGUAUAUGUUGGCCGGUUGACAGCUGUCAGCGAUCCGCGAAAGGACGGAGGUCCUGCAGGGUACUGAUGAUGAAUACUGCUGAUUACAAUGACUAAAACUGCCAAAGUUUGGACCUCUCGGCUUGCAUGAUUUAUACAUUGAAGACGAAACAGAUUUGACAGA